AUGAUUAACAAUAACACUACAACUACAGUCGAUCUUAUACAAACAUCAAAAUCACUUAUUGAUGAUCUUAAUUUUGUUUCACAAAAUAUUCUUAUUUAUUUACCAUUGACCUUUUUAAUCUUUGGUCUUAUUGGAUUUAUUGGAAAUGUUUUUACAUAUCUUCAACCUCAACUUUGUUCAAAUACUUGUUGUAUUUAUUCACUUUGUGGUUCAUUCAUUGAUAUUAUUAAUCUCUGUAUUAAUUCAUUUCCAAAUUAUUUUUCAGGUAAAUAUGGAAUUACUUUACCAUGGUUUACGGUAUCUGGUCUUUGUAAAUUCAGUAUCUUUCUCUUGGGAUUUCUUCCAUAUUUAUCAAUAAGCUUUUUAUGUAUGGCUAUUAUUGAUCGAUUUGCCAUAACGUGUGAUCAUACAUCAUCCGUUCGUCGAAUCACUCAACUUCGAAAAGUACCAUGGAUGAUUAGUCUUACUGUUCUCACAAGUGGUCUUUUUACAUUGUAUGCUCCUCUUCAUCAUGGUCUUGUACCUAUAAUUGGUUGCGCAUCGACAAAUCCAACGUUAACAGGUAUAGCAUAUAUUAUUUUUAGCGGUUUACUUCAACCAAUAACAAUGAUAACAUUUGUUUUACUUACUUAUCGAAAUGUUCUUCGAAGUCGUGGACGAGUUGGUGACACAGCUCAAACAAAUGGACGAAAUCUUCGAAAUCAAUUUAUUGUAACUAUAUUUGCACAAAUUUUAGUAACAAGCUUCAUUUCUAUGCAAUGGGUUAUAACGUAUAUGUAUUUUACAUUUACUCUGAGUUAUCCGAGAACUUUUGUAGAAUUCUCGAUUGUUUUGUUUGUUUUUAAUCUUAGUAAUAAUUUUUAUUACUUGAAUAAUGUUAAAGCAUUUUAUAUUUCAAUCUUAACAUCUCGUGUAUUUAGAAAAACACUUUUUGAUGGUUUAAAAAAUUUAUAUCGUCGUCAUAUAAGACAACAAAUGAAUGUGUCGAUGGUUAACCCUUUUACACAAACUAGAGAUAUAAACUAA